CAAAGUGAAGUGUCGUGAAACUCGCCGCCCAGUGAAGAUGGCGGCCGAGCUGCAUCCGCGCAGCGGAAAGCUGAUAGGCCUGUCCAACUCCAACCGAACCGCUCAGCGCAACCAACCCGUUCAGGAAUUUAACCACGGGCUGGUUCUGAGCAGGGAGCCGCUGAAGGACCGGGAUGUCUUCACCGUCCGUAUCGACAAGAAGGUGAACUCGUGGAGCGGCUCCAUCGAGAUCGGCGUGACGGCGCUGGACCCGGCGGCGCUGGACUUCCCCAGCAGCGCCACGGGCCUGAAGGGCGGCUCCUGGAUCGUGUCGGGCUGCUCGGUGCUGCGCGACGGGCGCUCGGUGCUGGAGGAGUACGGCCGGGACCUGGACCAGCUGGCGGAGGGCGACCGCGUGGGCAUCCAGCGCAGCGCGCGCGGCGAGCUGCACCUCUGGGUCAACGGGCAGGACUGCGGCGCCGCCGCCAGCGGCCUGCCGCCCCGCCUCUGGGCCGUGGUGGACCUCUACGGCAAGUGCACCCAGGUGACGGUGGUGGGCUGCCAGCCCCCCGACGUGGAGGUGGAGGAGGAGGAGGUGGAGGACGUGGACGUGGAGGACGUGGACGAUGAGGAGGAGGAGGAGGACGAGGACGAGGACGAAGAGGAGGAGCUGCUGGUGCGCGGCUGCCGGCAGGACGGCGGAUUGACGGCGGCGAACGGGGUGGCGAGCGCGGCGCUGAACGGCGUGGAAGGCCCUGAGUUAGCCUGCAGCAGACCGGACAAGUUCCCCCACAACCUCGACACAGACACGGUCCUCACGGAGCACCAGCUGUUUGACGUGUUCAACAACGCCAUCGUUUCUCUCUACCGCUCGGAGGACGAGGGCGGGGGGGUCGACGGGGGAGGGGGAGGGGGGAGCAACGGGGGUGGAGUCGUGGGAGGGGCGCCCGGGUCAGACUCCGCCUCCUCCAGAAGCGACCGUGGCAGCAGUAGUGGCGGAGGGGGCGGAGCCAGUAGCAUCGAAGGGGGAGGGUCCACGGGCGGCGGGGGAGGAGCCGGCGGGAGCUCCAACAACAGCCCCGCCGGUAGCGGGGGCGGCACUCUGCCCGUGCCGGUGCCGGUGGCGGCGGCGGCGGCGGCGGGCGCCAUGACGACCAACGACGCGCUGCUCUUCCACGAGAAGUGCGGCACGCUCAUCAAGCUGAGCAACAACAACAAGACGGCGGAGCGCCGGCGCCCGCUGGACGAGUUCAACAACGGCGUGGUCAUGACCAACCGCCCGCUGCGGCACAACGAGAUGUUCGAGAUCCGCAUCGACAAGCUGGUGGACAAGUGGUCCGGCUCCAUAGAGAUCGGAGUGACGACACACAACCCCAACCACCUGACCUACCCCGCCACCAUGACCAACCUGCGCUCAGGUACAAUCAUGAUGAGCGGCUGCGGAAUUCUGACCAAUGGGAAAGGUACUCGCAGGGAAUACUGUGAAUUCAGCCUGGAUGAACUACAGGAGGGAGACCAUAUAGGGCUGAUGCGGAAGGCAAGCGGUGCCCUCCACUUCUAUAUCAACGGCAUCGACCAAGGCGUGGCGGCGGCGCAGACGCCCAGCGUGGUGUACGGCGUGGUCGACCUCUACGGCAUGGCGGUGAAGGUCACCAUCGUGCACAACCACAACCACAGCGACCGGCUGCGCCGCAACAACGCCAUCAUGCGGGCGCUGUCCCCGGACACGGGCCGGCCGCGCCCCACCCUCUCCCUGACCCCCGACCCCGAGGGCCCGGACCGCCUGCUCUUCCACGCCAACUGCGGGCAGAAGGCGGCCAUCAUCAGCGACGGUCGGACCGCCCUGCGACCCCACGCCACGGACGACUUCAACCACGGCGUGGUGCUGAGCGCCCGGCCCCUGCGCUCCAACGAGGUGUUCCAGGUGCGCAUCGACAAGAUGGUGGACAAGUGGGCGGGCUCCAUCGAGAUCGGCGUGACCACGCACAACCCCGCCUACCUGCAGCUGCCCUCCACCAUGACCAACCUGCGCUUGGGUGAGGACGAGGCCACGCGGUUCUGUGUGGCCGACCUUCCCCCCCUCCCCGAGGACUGCCUGGAGGGCCCCACCGCCAUGACCCCCGGGAGCCCGUGCUCGCUGGGGGGCGCCAACCCCGCCAACGACCUGCGCUUCCACCACCUGCACGGCGCCAACGCCGUCAUCACCAACGGCGGGCGCACCGCGCUGCGCCAGAACUGCCGCAGCGAGUUCAACGACGCCAUCGUCAUCUCCAACAGGUGUCUCCGGGACGGGGAGCUGUUUGAGAUCAUCAUCCAGAGGAUGGUGGACCGAUGGUCGGGCUCCAUCGAGGCAGGCGUGACGGCCAUCCGGCCAGAAGAGCUGGAGUUCCCCAACACCAUGACGGACAUCGACUAUGACACGUGGAUGCUCAGCGGGACGGCCAUCAUGCAGGACGGCAACACCAUGCGCAACAACUACGGCUGUGACCUGGACUCCCUGACCACUGGCUCCCGCAUCGGCAUGAUGCGCUCGGCCAGCGGCGACCUGCACUACUACAUCAACGGCGUGGACCAAGGCGUGGCCUGCACCGGCCUGCCCCCCGGCAAGGAGGUGUUUGCCGUCAUCGACCUGUACGGCCAGUGCGUCCAGGUGUCCAUCACCAGCUCGUCGGGCCCGCUGGACAACAGCCUCUGCACCAGCAACAUCACGGAGAAGAGCUUCCCCGUCCAAUCCCCCGUGGCGGGCGUGGCCCACCGUCUCCACAACAAGCACGGUAAGAACGUGGUGUUGCUAGGCGACAGUUGCCAUGCGGUACGGGUCGGCGGUUACGCCCACGGAAUCGUGUUCAGCGCCAAGGAGCUCCGGACGGACGAGAUGUUUGAGGUGAAGGUGGACGAGGUGGACGAGCAGUGGGGGGGCUCCCUCCACGUGGGCCUGACCACGCUGGCGCCCCCUGAGCUGCCCUCCUGCCCGCUGGCCGGCCUCACCGCCUCGCUGCCCCAGCUGCGCUCGCGCGUCACCUGGCUGCUGGCGGGCGCCGAGGUGCGGCGCAACGGCCUGCUGCAGCGCCAGAACUACGGCUGCUCGCUGCACCGCCUGCGGGUGGGUAACCGCGUGGGCGUGAAGCGAUGCAGCGACGACACCAUGCACGUGUUCAUCGACGGGGAGGACAUGGGGCCCGCGGCCACGGCUGUAGCCAAGAACGUGUACGCGGUGCUGGACCUGUACGGCCGCGUGACGGCGGUCUCCAUCGUCAGCUCCUCGCUGACGGAGGACCCCGAGGGGACCAAGGCGCCCUCGCUGACCUCCGAGAGCUACAGCGAGGAGGGGGAGGAGGAGCGCUGCACCCCGCUGCUGGAGGUGGAGAGCGAGACCUGCGCCGGUUCUCCUCCUCCUCUUCCUCCCCUUCUGGCCCCGCCCACCGUCAUGUCCUUCCUGGAGAACCACGGCAAGAACAUCCAGCUGUCCAAUCAGAGCCAGACGGCGGCGCGCGUCUCCAGCUACAACCAGGGCCUGCUGGUCACCUCCCAGCCCCUCUGCCCCCAGCAGCUCUUCCAGUUCCAGAUCGACCGUCUGAACCCCAGCUGGACCUCCUCCCUGUCGCUAGGGGUGAUAGGCCACGCCCCCGACCGCCUCAACUUCCCCUCGGCGGCGUGCUGCCUGAAGCGCUCCACCUGGCUGCUGCAGAGGGACUCCGUGUUCCACAACUCCCUGAAGAUCUGUGAGAACUACGGGCCCAACCUGGACACGUGUCCGGAGGGCACGGUGCUGGGGCUGCUGGUGGACGCGGCCGGCGGCCUGCACCUCUACGUCAACGGCAUGGACCAGGGCGUGGCCGCCCAGGACAUCCCCUCGCCCUGCUACCCCCUCAUAGACCUCUACGGCCAGUGUCAGCAGGUCACCAUAGUGACCAACAGCGUGCCAGCCGCCAGCGGGGAGGGCAGCGAGGCCCGUUGCCAGGGCGACAUGGAGAAAGCCGACAUGGUGGAUGGUAUCAAAGAGAGCGUAUGUUGGACCCCGCCUCCGGAGGUGAACCCCAACAAGACGUGCGAGUACCAGGCGCUGUGCGCGCGCUUCAAGGAACUCCUGACGCUGCCCGACGGCUACUUCAGCGAGGACACCAAGUCCAACCUGUGCUACUGUGAGUCGUGCCACAAGCUGCGGGGCGACGAGGCCUACUACAAGAGGGGGGAGCCCCCCCGCGACUACGCCCUGCCCUUCGGCUGGUGCCGCUUCGCCCUCAGGAUCAAGGCCCACUGUGAGGUGUCCAAUGCGUUGAAGAAGUGGCACAUCGCCUACCACGGCACCACCGUGGGUGCCCUGAGACGCACCCUGGACCACAGCCAGCUGCUGCCUGGCACGUCGUCCGUGCUCUCGGUGUCUCCGGUGAAGACGGAGGAACCCCACGGCGGCUACUCGGAGCCCGAGGAGAACUGCCCCCCGGGCAAGGAGCUGCCCAGGGUGCAGCUGUCGCCCACCAUGCGCUACUCCGGACAGGAGACCUUCGCCCCCAAAGUGCAAUUCCGGGACCCCCGCUCCCACCGGUGCCACCAGGCCCAGGUGGGCUUCCAGGUGUGCGUGCGGCCCGGCUCCUACAAGGUGGGUCCCCAGGCGGUGGGGGCCAGCGAGCCCCUGGACCCCCGCUUCAGCAACACGGAGAUCGAGUGGACCUCCAAGGAGCAGGGGGGAACCCUACUGUACGGACUGCUGAUCCGGGUGGAGUGACGCCCCCCCCACCACCGGGGGGACGGGGGACGGGGACGGGGACGGGGGGGGACUGUGGGGGAGAGGGGGGAGGAGUUUGAAGAGGUGAAGGGGGGGCGUCGACCGCGCCACUCUGAGACACUCCCCUGGACUUGGAACGGAACACAGACAACCAAAUGCGACGGCCCCCCGCCUUCCCGAGCAAAAAGAGACUUCUCCGGAAUACCGUAUUCCUGUUGUGGAUUGUUGACGAUUCAACGUUUUGACGUUUUUUCUUUUUUUUUUGGUUUAUUUGACCCUUGGACACUUUUAAAUGAGCGAGGGAGGGGCGACUGCGGUUCCAGUGGAGGACCGAUACUGCCUGCACUUUAUGUUUGAGACACUCGUGGGGCGAUUUUUAAAAGUGACCCGUUCCCCAUCCGCACACAGAGUCUGUUCACCCGCCCCCCUCUCUCUGUCACUCUUUAUUGUUUUUUCAUUCGUUUUUCAUUUUUCUUUUCCUUCUUUCCGGACCCUGUUCUCCUUUUCCACCGUCGCCACGCUACCCCGUCGUCCUCGCCGUCUUUGUCGUUUGGUCUUCUGGCACUUAUUUCCUCGUCGCUAUCCCCCCCCCUCCCCCCCCCCCCCUCCCCCCCCCCCCCCCUCCCCCCCCCCCCCCCCCGCCAUCCGACGCCUCGUUCUGACGUUUGUGAGUAAAAAGAAAAAAGAAAACUGUAGUUUGGUGACGUGGACCUGUCCCGUUGUGAGGAGGCUGGCCCAGGGCAGCUGUACUGGUGGACUAUCCACCCCCCUCCCACCCAACCCCACCCAACCUCACCACCACCACCACCACCACCCGGCUUGUCUCCACCUUGUGCCACCCCAUCCGCUCAGCGACUAUCAGACUAUUGAAAUGUAUGGGAGGGCGAAAAGACGAGGGGAAUCCAGUUCAACAAAGACCUGACUGAAGGAGGAGGGAGGGAGGGAGGGAGGGAGGGAGGGAGGGAGGGAGGGAGGGCGGGCGGGGAGGGAGGGCGGGGGGGCUGUCAUGUGUCAUGGAAGAGCCUUCAGAAUCAAAGAGCCGGAGAUGAACCUCAGUUUGUGUGUCGUGGUUGUAGGAUGACAGAAGAAGAACAAUGUUUACACAUGUAAUUGUGUGUGUGUGUGUGUGUGUGUGUGUGUGUGUGUGUGUGUGUGUGUGUGUGUGUGUGUGUGUGUGUGUGUGUGUGUGUGUGUGUGUGUGUGUGUGUGUGUGUGUGUGUGUGUGUCCAUCCCUGCCCCGCCCACCUCUCACCAAGGUUUGCCUGUUCGUCGGUCCGUCUUUCACUCUGUUGCUCUCUUGGUAUUUGUAGUUCGGUUAUUUUGUAGUUCUUUAUAUUUGGCUUCUAGAAGGUCAGGGGCCCCACAGGCUAAUACUGUGGAGGGGGAACUGAGAACACACACGCACACACACCCUAGAAGUAACAUCAUUAAUGUGCCGAUACAUCGGGAAACAACUAAGGGCAUGUAGGGUUUGGUUCAAGCGUGAAGUUAACCUCGAGGUUAACUCGGAUACUCACAAAUGUAAAAACUAUUUAAAGGAGCAAAACGGAAUCAAAGUAAGACACCUAGUCGACGGCGUCUUUUGUAUUUGCUUUACACAUACGCGUGUUCCCACUCUCAUCGGCACUAGCUAUCCGCCAUCGUCCCUACAGACGCCGUUUAUCUGAAGGACCCCCCCCCCCCCUCCCUGUGUCUCCAGCCAACCUUUCUGUCGGUAGAACGCUUGACUGGUGGUCCGUCUCCCCCCCCCCCCCCCCCACACUGACGGGGAAACAUGGUAGUCCCUCAUGGGCAUUAAGUCAGGCUAAAUGCUACAAGUUUACAUUGUGAAUGCGAAUGUACCGUGUCUGCUUUUAUGUGCUUCAUGAUCAUACACAUGUGGGUGGGAGGGAGGGUGUUUUUAUCCAACGCAGACUCUUAAGUAUUCACUUACACCACGAUUGAUUAUCUACGGUGGGGGGGGGGGGGGGUGAAAUGAUCCAAGCAUAUCCGUUUAUGAACCAACCACGUUUUGUUGCCAAUUUGAUACAUUUGUGUUAUUUUACGUGAGAUGCGUUUCACCCCAGUCUGUGUAUUUGUUUCCUUUUGUGUUUUUCGCACUGGUUGGGUUGAGUCCGCUAUACAUUGUGGCCCGGCCCAUGGGCAGAGCGGGAACAUGGGUCGUUGUCCAAUCAAAAUGUGAAAACAAAUGGGUUGUCUGCGGCCCAUUCGCUGCUUUGUACAAGACGUUGAUUUGUAUUUUAGUUUUUCUUUUUCAGUUUGUUGCAUUGUACAGGCUGUUGCAUAACAUUAAAAUCAUAUCUUCCCAAUUUGUAAAAAAAUGAAAAGAAAUAAACCAAAAAACACAGUA